UUGGUUCGAAAUAAAAUGGUUUAUGAAAUUAUGAGAAGUAAGCACAAGCAAAUUGCAGGAUGUAGACUUCAGGAAGUCGAUGGAAGCUUCUUUGAGAGAUUUGGAUCGAUACUGCAUGAACGUUCAGAGUCUGAGAAAAAGAGGGAUUACCAAAAUCAUGUACGAGCAACAAAAGCUUCUGUUCGAUUUCUACCGCGCGCUUUCCUUCAUCAAGAUCAUGAAGAACCGCAGCUACCCGAACCUCCCCCAGAAACCGAAUCAGAACCUGAAAUCGAACUCAAUCAAGAAGAAAUAAACACUCAAAUUGUCAUCAAAAAUGUUAAUAGAGAAUUCUCAUCUUCUUUGGAUUCCGAGCAGGAGGAAAGCGAUGAAUCGCAUUACUAUACUGGGAUGAAUAUUGAUGAACUGUAUCUGGAUGUUCUAUACCAAAUUCUUCAUAAUGUUGGCUGUGAUGUUACGUUCGAAUUGGGACAAACGGCCCUCCUUUCUUAUGUACAAGAUGCAUUUAAGAUGAGCAAUGACAAACACAAUCAAUUGCUAAUGGUGGCUCAAGAGAAAGAACCUCCAGAACUUUUGCUAAAUGUAGAAAUAGUAGAGGCUAAAGAUUUAAUAGCUAAGGAUUCCAACGGUUUAAGCGAUCCUUUCGUAACGCUAUAUCUGCAAUCAAAUUCCUCAAGACGUUACAAUUCAUCUGUAAAAAUGGAAACACUAAAUCCUGUAUGGGAGGAACAUUUCGCAUUACCCGUAAUGAACGACAGUAGUGACGAUACACUUUUUAUUGAGGUCUGGGAUUUUGAUCCAGCGGAAACUAUGCGCGAAAAAUUUGGUAAAAUAUUAAAAGUCAAAGGACUGCGAGGUGCAACUAGGCUCAUAAAAGAAAUGGCAGUCACAGCAACAACGGGGCAACAUGAAAAUGAAUUAAUUGGAACCGCCAGAAUUCCAUUGAAGACAAUUCCUGCAUCAGGUAUGGUAAUGUGGUACAGUUUAGAUAAAAAAAAUAAAACCGCAAGGCAAGGAGUUAUUAAAUUACAUCUAUCAUUUGGAUCAGAAAAAAAUAGUCAAGUGGCCGCGCAAGAACACAGAUAUUUGUUGAAUUUGUUACUUCUUCACGAACUAGAGACGUUACAAGUUUCACCAUAUGAAUGGGAUGGAAAAUUUGGAUCGCAACCCGAAGCGAUUAUUACACAACAUAGAAUACAGUCUGGGCUUUGCCCAACAGAAAUCGACUUUGUGAAUUGGGCAGCGUAUACCUCAGUUCAAAAAGAACAUCCACUUAGCUUUGAACUUUAUUUAAAAUUGCUUAUGAAAAUUAGCAAACAUUUAAGUGCGCCAACGCGUAAUGAGGAUAAUUUUAAAUUAUUUUGGAGCUUUACUAGAAAAUUGUUGCCAUCCUGUAUAGGUUUAAUUCGCAAAGUGAGGAAACGACCACAUGACAAGAAGACUGCUGAACAAAUAAUUGACGUUUUGAAUAUUUUGUUACAACUAAUGUGCCUUGAACAACCUAAGGAAUUUGAUUUGUUUCCUUCAAACUUAUAUCCAUGGUUAAUUUCUUUUGAAAAGGAACAGAUAAGCGGUAUAUCAAAUGUGUUAAACGCCGCGGUUGUUAAAGGUGGCAAAGAUUGGCUGCUGUUUAUUCUCGAGCGCACUGAGAAACAAGACAAUAGUGUGGACGAAACCCUAGUGUAUUUUAAUAAAGUUGUUCAAAUAGUUCGUUCGGAUUUGCAAAGAGCUGUGGAAUAUGAUAAAAUGUUUCAGAGGAUAAUGAAUUUUGAAUACGCAAAAACCUUGUAUAAUCUUUACCAACUCGAAAUAGCCAAUUUGAUAGAGGAAGAAGUGAUAUCAAUUUGUAAAUCCUUGAAAACAAUUGCUUACGACUGGAAUUGUCUUUCACAGCCAGAUUCUCACGAUCAUAUGUCUUUAGGAACCAGAUUAUUUGAAUUGUAUCUUGCAUUGCAGAGAUUUGUGUGUUUAAGUACCACACUUUGCGCAUCAUAUGAAGAUGGAAAUUAUCGCAUUAAAGAUUGCCACACAUGGUUUCAGGGAGGUGUCGAACAAUGGUUGGAUAUUGCUGCGAUCAAAGCUAUGCAACGUAUUGAAAAGGCGGUGGAAUUGGAUGACUUAUCUCCUGUGGAUGAAAGUGUUAAAUAUAGCUCAUCGGCCUUAGAUACCCUGACUAUAUUUCAUCAAAUAAGAAUAUUUUGGGAUCAACUUAAUUGGCCAGAUGUAGAAAGUGCUUAUAGUUUUGUAGCAAAAAUUAUUGACGAUUUAUGUCGAUGCUGCCUCUUUUACGCAGACAAAAUGGCAGCAAAAGUCGACGGUAUGGGUGAUAUAAGUGAUAAUUAUGAAAAACGAUUUGAAGUUACUAAGGAGUGGUGUUUGGCUAUAAACAAUAUUGAUUACGUUUGUCAAUCCUUAAAACCCUUCACCGAGGAAUUGCAGCUAAAUAGUUUAAUACAACAACUUGCAGACAUACGAAAUCCUGUAGAGGCUGAAAGGUGCAACGACACUUUGCAGAACGUUUUGGAAAAUGCAUUAGACACCAUUCAAAAUAAAAUCGUCGAACUUUUGGAAACUGUGGCUACAAAGAUGAGUCCCGCAAUGAAGAAAUUGUUAAUUGAAGGCGCAGAAAUUUUACACCAGGAUAAUAACAGUAUUCACAGAGUGAUGAGAUAUUUGGAUAAUAAUUUGGCAACUUUAUAUGGAGAAUUAAACGAAGACAAUUUUAAUCGAAUCUUAGAAAUCAUCUGGAGCAAUCUUGGAAAUAUUUUGUAUGAUUUAAUACAUUCCAAUAUUGAAAAGCGCAGACCUCCCGCAUUUUUCUCAAAUCUUAGAGCUACACUACAGUUAAUGGUCAAGAGUUUUAAGCAUUCUGAUGAAAAUACUGAUUCUGAAGUGUUAGCAAAAAUAGAAUGGCUAUUGACUGUGAAUGGCAUGGAAACUAGUGAACUUAUUCAUCAGGUUCACAUCGAGCGAUGGACAGAACAAUUUGAAAUGAAAUCCUCCCCAUAUGGAGAGUUAACGGUUCGCUUACAGUUCCUAAAUACUGACCUAAAAAUAGAGAUAAUAAAUGCGCGAAACCUAAUUCCCAUGGAUUCUAAUGGCUUUGCCGAUUCGUUUGUCCGAAUUUGCUUACUUCCUGAAGAAAAAUUUACAAACAUCACAAAACCAAAAACCCAAACGCAUAAUAAGAAUUUAUUCCCUUUAUAUGACGAAACGUUUACAUUGAAUCUAACCUCCGAUCAACGGAACUUGUCUGAUGGCCUUAUUCUGUUUUGUGUGAAGGAUAAAGACUUUUUAGGAAUGAGUAAUCAGUUUAUUGGCGAAGCUUUUGUUCAUAUAAAAGAUAUUCCUAGUUCUACAGGUAAUAUUAAGACCUUACCGCAAGUUCAUCUUUACCUGAGUAGACCUUCAAAUUUAACAACUGAUUGCAUUACCGCCUUAGAAAAUCGACAUGGAGACAAAUUAGCUAAGGAAUUCUUAAAAAGACUAAAGCAGAAGAGCAGUGGUAGUGCUAUUUCCUGAUCUUUACUUCCAUUUUUAAAAAAGUAUAGUAAUCGUAUGGAAAAAUAUGUAAAUAAGGAAAAGAAUAAAAAAGUGUGUGCUGGCAAUAGUUUUGUAGACACAGCAUAAACGUCCUUCAUUUUACUGUGACGCUAUCAUGUAGAUAUUAUAAAUGUAGCGUGUAUUUUGUAGAUAUUUUUUAAUUAAAGAAGAAAAACGAACCUA